AUGGCCUCAGUUCCUCCUGACAUCAACACUCAGCCGAACUCGAAGAUCGUCUUCAACGCGCCGUACGACGACAAGCACACCUACCACAUCAAGAUCAUCAACGCUUCCGGCCGACGUAUCGGAUGGGCCAUCAAGACCACUAACAUGAGAAAGCUCGGUGUCGAUGCAGGAGGCCUCCCUUCAGGCUGUGUCCUGGUGUUCGAUUAG